AUGAAUUCGGCCAAGCGCCAGAAGCAGCGCAAGGUGCUGCUCAUGGGCAAGAGCGGCGCCGGCAAGUCGUCAAUGAGGAGCAUCGUCUUCAGCAACUAUGUCGCCAAGGACGUGCGUAGACUGGGCGCGACCAUCGACGUCGAGCACAGCAACAUCAAGUUCAUGGGCAACCUGAUGCUCAACCUCUGGGAUUGCGGAGGUCAAGAUGGCUUCGUCGAAAACUACCUCAACCAGUCUAGGAACCACGUCUUUGGAUCGGUCGCCGUUCUCAUCUUUGUCUUCGAUAUCGAAUCCCGCGAGUUUGCCGCCGACGUCGUCUCCUACUCAAAUAUCAUCCGCGCCCUCCACGAAUGCAGUCCCAGCGCCAAGGUCUUUUGCCUCAUACACAAGAUGGAUCUCGUGCAAGCGCGCCUGCGCCAGGCCAUGUUCGACGAGCGCGCCGAGUACAUCCGGGAGGCGAGCGAGGGCUUCAAGGAUACGGUCGAGUUCUUUGCGACAAGUAUUUGGGACCAGAGCUUGUACAAAGCCUGGACCAAGAUCAUUUACUACUUGAUACCAAAUGCCGGCACCAUUGAGGCUUUGCUCGAGCAACUUGCCGAGGUGAUUGAUGCAAGGGAAUUGAUAUUGUACGAGCGGACAACAUGUCUUACUGUAGCGCAUGUCACGAGACACACCGAGGAGGGCAAUCCCUUUACCGACCGAUUCGAACGCAUCUCGAGCAUCCUCAAGACACACAAGCAAAGCAUGGCAAAACACACCAACAUCCCGGCUGGCAGUGCAAAUUUUGCCGAGAUGCAAAUCAAAACCGGUCGCUUCAUGUUCUUUAUCACUCGCCUUACCGAAAACACCAACCUCGCCGUUGCAAUACCGCCCUCUGAACAAGUCUUUAAUGCCGCACGCGUGAACAUUUUCCAAGUACGACCGAAAUUCGCCGAGCUGGACAUUGCGGCCAAGCCCCGUCCACCAAUCCAGCAGGCGUUUGCUGGAUCCGCAGAUACCAUGGGAGAUGUUUCAGAGAGAGCCAAGGGAAGAGAUACGGCCAUGCAUGGCUCUGCCAACUAG